CCCUCUUAGCGGCAAGCUUCCGCUUCCGGGUUUUUCCGGUAGGGGGGUCUCCGCCGUGGCCAGGAUGAGCGGAGCAGGGAAAACCCGGGAGGGAGCUGCAGGUAAGGCAGUGCGGGGUGGGGAGAACGUGGGGGGUCGAGGGGAAGGCGGAGGGGGUGGGGAGAGAAGGAGCGCGAGCGUGCGUGCGCGUCGCCGCCUCUAGGCCGCGGCUCGGGCCUUCCCUCCGGUCCUUGGCGUUGCUAGGCAACGGCCGGGCCUCUCGCCGCAGGCCUCCCUCGCCCGCGGAGUCCGGAUCCGGGCCUCUUCUGGCGGUGUGUCCGAAGACCUGUUACCUGCUUCUUGCCUUCCUUCAGGCGCCAAUUCUCCCGUUUUCUGGAAGGCCGCAGAGACUGCGUGGCGAUUACUAUCGUUAUUAUUAUUAUUAUUAUUAUUAUUCAUUGCAUUUGUAUACCGUUCUUCAUCUGAGGGCCGCAGGGCGCCUUACCAACUAAUAAUAAUGAUAAGUAAAUAAAUAGAACAACAACAAAGGAAAUCGAAAUAUAUAACAAAGGAACAAAAGCAAACCCUCCUUUAAUCAGCCAAAGGCCUGGUUAUGAGGAGCAGGUUGUGAGACCUCCGGGUAUAGGGCGGUGUGUAAAUUCAAUAAACGAAUAAACAGGGACAUUUUCACCCGGCGCCUAAAGAUGUACGAUGACGACGUCCGGCAAGCCUACCCAGAGAGAGUGUCCCGCAAAGGGGGAGCUGCCGCUGAAAAGGCCCCGUUCUCAUGUUGCCACUCUCCUUAUCUCUCAAGGAAGGGGGUUGCACAGAGAAGGGCCUCAGAUGGUGAACCUAAAAAUAAAAAAUAAUAAUUUAUUAUUUGUUCCCCACCCAUCUGGCUGGGUUUCCCCAGCCACUCUGGGCGGCUUCCACAAAGACCAAAAAUACACUAAGAUGUCACACAUUAAAAACUUCCCUGAACAGGGCUGCCUUAAGAUGUCUUCUGAAUGUCAGGUAGUUGUUUAUCUCUUUGACAUCUGAUGGGAGGGCGUUCCACAGGGCGGGCGCCACCGCCAAGAAGGCCCUCUGCCUGGUUCCCUGUAGCUUUGCUUCUCGCAAUGAGGGAACCGCCAGAAGUCCCUCGGCGCUGGACCUCAGCGUCCGGGCAGAACGAUGGGGGUGGAGAUGCUCCUUCGGGUAUACUGAUCAUCGCAGGAUCUGGGUCUGUUCAUGUGAUGCUGGAGCAGGCCCUUGGGAUGGGCUGAACCAAGAAUGGAAGCCCUCGGUCCUCUCUCUGUGUGCUUAUUAUUAGUUGGGGGCAACCCAAAGCAACUUGCCAACAAAGAAACAGAAAAACUCACAUUGACACAUUAAAACCGGGGGAGGGGGGAGAAUGCAUCAAUACAUGUUUGUUAACCGCCACUUUUUCUUCCUAUAUGAACACGGCCCAUACUGAGGAUCCCUACUAUUCUUUCCCACUACAGUUCUUCCCAAGUUGCUGUCAUCAGCAAUAGAAAGGCCUGCACUCUUGAUGGAAUUGCCUUAAAUUUUGCUUUCUCUCCCCAUCCCCAUGCUCCUCUUUCUUUAAUAAUAAUAAUAAUAAUUUAUUAUUUAUACCCCACCCAUCUGGCUGAGUUUCCCCAGCCACUCUGGGCGGCUCCCAAUCAAGUGUUAAAAACAGUACAGCGUUAAAUAUUAAAAACUUCCCGGAACAGGGCUGCCUUAAUAUGCCUUCUGAAUGUCAGGUAGUUGUUUAUCUCUUUGACAUCUGAUGGGAGGGCGUUCCACAGGGCGGGCGCCACUACCGAGAAGGCCCUCUGUCUGGUUCCCUGUAACCUCACUUAUUGCAGUGAGGGAACCGCCAGAAGGCCCUCGGCGCUGGAUCUCAGUGUCCGGGCUGAACGAUGGGGGUGGAGACGCUCCUUCAGGUAUGCAGGACCGAGGCCGUUUAGGGCUUUAAAGGUCAGCACCAACACUGUGAAUCGUGCUCAGAAACGUACUGGGAGCCAAUGCAGAUCUCUCAGAACCGGUGUUAUGUGGUCCCGGUGGCCACUCCUAGUCACCAGUCUAGCUGCCGCAUUCUGGAUUAAUUGCAGUUUCCGGGUCACCUUCAAAGGUAGCCCCACGUAGAGCACGUUGAUUCACACUGCUGCUUUCUGUUUCCAAAGGAGCUGGAGAAGGUGCAGCUGCCAUCCUGCUGCGUUACCUCCAGGAGCAGAACCGGCCUCACAGUGCUCAGGAUGCCUUUGGCAACUUACAACGAGAGCAUGGCCUGGGCAAGACGGUGAGAGAAGAUCUUAGAGGUGAAGGUGUGGGGGCUGUAUCAUCCACCAUUAGUGCAAAAUAGACAUGUACAACAUCUUUCAAAAGCUAAGGUAUACACUCUGUAUACCUUUCAAAGGCCCCCGAUUAUACAGUGGUACCUCAGGUUACAUACGCUUCAGGUUACACACUCCGCUAACCCAGAAAUAGUGCUUCAGGUUAAGAACUUUGCUUCAGGAUGAGAACAGAAAUUGUGCUCCGGUGGUGCAGCAGCAGUGGGAGGCCCCAUUAGCUAAAGUGGUGCUUCAGGUUAAGAACAGUUUCAGGUCAAGUACGGACCUCAGGAACAAAUUAAGUACUUAACCCGAGGUACCACUGUAUUGGGUAUUCUUAGUUUGAUAUUGUCUUGAUUUUAAGCAAAUCUGACAAAUAUUUUGUACUUCACAAUGCUGCACAUUGAGUGGUAACUGACUGACAGAGAUAUAUACUUGUUUCUCUAUACAAGUUAUAAAUUCAGCUAAGCUUUGUCUGCUUACAGCAGCAGUUUCUCAUCAUAUUAUAUACAGUGUAGUGACAUUGCAGCAUGGGAGGCUGGCUGUAAAAAAUCUCACAUUGUGCUUCCUAGGAUAUUGGGCUCUACAGCUCUUCCCACUUCCACAGCUUACUGAUUUUUUCCUGGCUACGAGUAGAUAGCGAUGUGAGUUGUCAAUACUGUAUCAUGCUGGACUUUAGAAUUCAUGUUUAAGUAAGUCUCCUUCGAUGUGCAAGUAUCAUGUGGGAAGGAGAGUCCUCAAAGUUUUAAUUUUCAGUUUUUGUUGCUUGACAAAUAUACUUAGAUGCACAUACAGAAGAUCAGUCUGUCCACUUCACAGAUAUCUUGUGAAUAUUACUUUUUUCCUCAGUCCAUUCCUUCUCUUGUUUCUUUAGGCUGUAGUGAAGGCACUAGAACAGUUGGCUCAACAAGGGAAGAUCAAAGAGAAAGUGUACGGAAAGCAAAAAAUUUAUUUUCCAGAUCAGGUAAGGGAAAUGCCUUUCAAGUUCCAUGGGAAGUAAAUAUUUGCUCACACCAGUAACUGAAGCAAACUAUUAAAAAGGUUUUCAAUGACAACUGUGUAGGAAACUCAAAUUCCAUGAGUGAAAUGUAAUUGCUGGACAGGCAAGUAGAGUUUGUGACAUGGUAGCAAUUUUAUCCUCUGUUCCAUUGGUCUUAUUAUGCUAAUAACCCUCACGUCUUUGGUCCUGCAGGAUCGCUUUGGUAGUGUGAAUGACUCAGAGCUCAAAGGCCUGGACAAUGAGAUUUCGGAACUGUCUUGCAAAGUACAGACCCUCCAACAGAACUGUCGUCAUAUGGAGUCAGGUGUGUUCAGGCAGGUUCAGUCCGUCUGCUGUGCUAGCCUUUGCUGAGUGAGUGCAUGUGCGAUUGAGCACUUGAACAGUAUGGAGCCUUUGUGAAAUGUUUGUAUCUGAGCCAUAGUACACAGAAUGCCUAGAGUCCUUCCCACUGACCGAUGCCAUCUCAGAUGUUGUAACUAGCAAUUCCAUUCCAGAACUGAAAGAACUGAAGGGCUCUAUGACAACCCCAGAGAUGGUUAAGGAGAUUGAAGAGUUAAAAAAAGAUUGUGCCAAUUAUACAGAGAAACUGGAGCGAAUUAAAUCUGCUGCCAAUCAUGUGACUCCUGAGGAGAAAGAAAAGGUAAUGGAGCUGCCAAGGGAGAGGCCAAUAGUGGAGACUGGCACGGUCCAGACAGGUAUAGUUCUUUCUGGGGGCCCUGCCAAUCUCUGCCAGCCAUACGCAGGGCCCCUAGCGCUGCUGAAUUUUCAGCUAGCCUCAAACACCAAAGGAUGGGAGAACUCCAAAAUGCAUACUGUCAUUUAUUUAUUUAUUACUCUUCCUGGGAUCUGGGCAGUCCCAGCAUUCAUCCUGUACCUAGAGCAUUCAAAUGGGGAUAAAUGUUGAUUUGUCUGGAGUUGUCUGGCAUUGAAUCAAAUCAAGGCAACCAGUGAGCACAUGUUCUCAGGAACCUUUUAGCUGUGGGGCUUGUUUAGAAUUUCACCAAAGCAAUUUUUGUACUAUGGAUGUCCUUACUCACAAGGUGAACAGUCCCCUCUGUAAAAGCACAGCUGCCUGCCAUUUCUGGGAUUCUUUCCCACACAGAAAGCUUGUGCACACAGUGUCCAACACAAUUGUUGUGGUUUUGGUUCUCACAUCAUAGCCGGCUGUGUUACCGGCCAUUCUGUUGGGGACUGAGUGUAAGAAUUGUUUUCCUUUUGCUUGUUGCAGGUGUACAAUGAAAAGAAGUUGUAUUGCAGGGAAUGGCGUCGCCGGAAGAGAAUGGUAAGGCAAUUUGUCUUUCAUAUAGGAUGAAAAAAAUAAGUGGUGCGCACAGCACCAAGGGCAAUUUUAAAAAUACUAUUAUUUAGAUCAGAGGUACUACCCCUCCCCUAACACCCCGUACAUGUCAUGUUGGAGUAGUGUGCCCACCCUUUACUCAGGUCUUACCUGUGGCUCUUAGAAGAUGUCAGCGUGCGACAGUGGCCACAUGCCAGGAAUGGCUUCACUGGCCAGCUAAAACAGGCGAGAGUGAUCAAUUGGUCUCAAACCCUCUGUGAGUUAGGGACUUCCCCUGCAUUGAAAGACAGGUUCCAGCGGAUUGAGGGGACAAAACCAAUACAGUGGACGCUCGGGUUGCGAACGUGAUCUGUGCGAGAGGCCCGUUCGCAACCUGCAGUCUGUGCACGCACGGGUCGUGAUUCGGUGCUUCUGCGCACGUGCAAAGCACGAUUUAGUGGUUUUGUGCAUGCGCGAGCACUGAAACCCGGAAGUAACCCAUUCUGGUACUUCCGGGUUCGGCGCGGUGCGCAACCCGAAAACACACAACCUGAAACGUCUGUAACCCGAGGUAUGACUGUAGUGCGUUCAACGGUCAAGAAGGUGGUUUCUGCACGUGCUGCAGAGAGAAGUGAGGGGCAGAUGGGGCUCAUCCACCUGUAAAGGUAGCCCACCUAGGAGAAGGAAAGCUCUGAUCCUAAACCUCUGCUGCCUUCCAAGGUAUCUCCAGGAGAAGAAAAUGCUAAAUAGCAAACCCCGCACAAAUCCAGAGUGGAGUCCCUAAGACGGUUGGACGCCACCUUGUACGCCUCCUUCCUGCAACUCCUGCAGCCAAACUGUGAUGCUCUGUUUUCUUUCGGACCACAUCAGCAAGGUCGAGAGGGGGAUCUUGUCAUCUGGGCUGCCCAUGAGCUCGGGUUACUUUGGUGCCGCUGAUGCAGAAGUUUCACUUCAUCCCCAUAGGUGCACUCCAUUGUCCCUCUCUUGAGAGAUGGAUGCCAACAAUUGUUUGGUUCUGUAACUUCAUCCAUCCAGAUGUGCAUAGAAAAUGCUAUACACAUGUGAUAGGUGCUACGCAAGUCUAGAGAAACAGAAAAAGCAAGGCCCUACAAUGUUCAAAUGCAGAUCCACUUUGUUGCCCAGUUUAAUCGGGUUGCAAGUUAGGAGGGAGAAGUUUCCAGAUGCCCUUUCCAGAGAUCGGAACCCCAGAAGUAAUGACAGAUGUCUCUUAAUUGAAAGAUUUCAUCCGUUUCUCCUUUGUAAGUUUGACGGUUUGAUUCUGUUUGUUGGUCCUGAUGAGUUCAAUGGGAUUGCAGGCUGAACAUUCUCGAAAAUUCUAGCUCAUUAUGUUUAAUGUUCCUGGGAUUAUGCUUUCUGUUGAAUAAUUGCUAAUCUGUGGUGGGAGCUAUGAGGGGCUGUGGUUUGCAUGUCGUUUUGCACCAUGUCUUCCUUGCUGAGGAUCUUGCCCACACACGUGAAUAGUUAUUUGCUUAUGAAAUCUCUUUUCUUCAGUUUGUUUCCUUAUACAGUGGUACCUCGGGUUAAGUACUUAAUUUGUUCUGGAGGUCCGUUCUUAACCUGAAACUGUUCUUAACCUGAAGCACCACUUUAGCUAAUGGGGCCUCCCGCUGCCCCCAUGCAGUUUCUGUUCUCAUCCUGAAGCAAAGUUCUUAACCCGAGGUACCAUUUCUGGGUUAGCGGAGUCUGUAACCUGAAGCGUAUGUAACCCAAGGUACCACUGUAACUCUUUUGAGGUUUGUAGCUGAGCGCUGUACCAGACAGUCCAAUUGGCUCUCUUUUGUAUUUUGAGCUAAAUCUUAAUUCUAGCUUUAGUCACUGUAGUCUGCUGAACGAAACAACAGGUUCUGGUUUUUUAAAAGAGAAUGCCCAGGAAUUUCAAGUUUCAGGAUGGAUAUGAGGUUUAGACCUUUUGUAUUUCCCAUUGGCUCAGCAUUAUAAUACUAAGCUAAACCAUGGGUUUAGCAUGAUCCCGUAAGUGUGCUGAUGCACGUUUAGUAAAUCACAGCUGAUUUGAUCCUUCCCUGCUCUUUCUAUACUACCAAGAGCAAAACCAUUCUUUGGAUCAGCAUUACUUCUGAAUCUGGUCUCCAGAAUGGUAAGUCAGGAUCAUACCUAGAGAUGGGAAGGCCUAGAAAAACCCCAGAAAAAUUGGGGGAACAGUUCGAUAUAGUUUGAAUAUUUCACACCCUUUUUUUUUCAUUUUUUCUAGAAAAAACCGGGGGGCAGGACUGCCCCCCCCAUUUUUUCCGGGUUUUUUUCCCCAGGCCUUCCCAUCAUAGCUGUCAACUUUCAGAUUUGAAAAUAAGGGAUCAGCAGCCUCGAAAAUAAGGGAUCAGCAGCCUCACCUGUCCCGGGGACAGUCUACGGGAUAUCUAACAAUCUGGGAUAGCAGCGGGAAGCAGCAGGGAAUGGUGCUGGAAUAAGGGAAUUUCCCGCAAAAAAAGGGAAGGUUGACAGCUAUGCUUCCCAUCUCUAAUCAUACCAGACUGUUGUAUUCUGCACUACUAAGUACUCCGAGGAGCGUGUUCUUCAAGAGGUUGAGAAAUACGGAAUAGCUUGUUGCCAUUGUCCCUCCCAGCUACAACCUGUAAACUCAACCAUGAGUCCUGCAAUAUUUAGGCUCAUCCCUUUUUUUGGUCAUUUUUGUCUGUACCAUCAAGAGGGCUUGUUUCUGUCUACCAGCACUGUGGUAUAAUUCUGUCUUGGUUGAAGGGCCAAGUAGCCAAGUGUGCGCUUUGACUCUCUCAACAGGCGACAGAGCUACUUGACGCGAUCCUGGAAGGCUACCCCAAAAGCAAGAAGCAAUUCUUUGUGAGUAACAAACCCAACCCAUCUGCCACUGAAUGACAUGGCCUCAUAACAGUGGGUUGAGCAGGCUGUUCUCGGCGAGCUCCCAUAAUGCAAUAGUCCAACUACUGCAGAGAGGUGGGAUAUAGGAUGCUUCUGUUUUCCUGCCCUGCAUCUUAAGGAGUCUGUGUUGUCCUUUGUGCAGGAGGAAGUUGGCAUUGAGACAGAUGAAGAUUUCAAUGUUACUUUACCCACCGUCUGAACCCAAGGGCUUCCCUGUUUUAUGAAACUGUCACCUACUUAGCACUCAAGUUUCAGUCCUACAUAUUCCACAUUGCUGUAUAUUUUUGAAACUACGUUUGCGUUGAAUGGAGAUAAGCAGGCCCUGCCUACUGCACUAUUAUUUCUUAGUUCCGGCACCUCUCCCCUGGCAUGUCAGGCUAAUUGCCAUUUUGUUCUUAAAGCUGUUAGUCUCACUACACAGGACUGCUGAUAAGCACUUGAGAAAAUUGUCUGGGGGUGGGGUGCGGGACACAAAAUAAAAUACUUGAAUUAACUCUAAAGGCUGUACCAUUUUUCUCUGUUUGUAACCAGCCUGCAUUCUGUAUAGAUGGUGUGUUGUGCAUAUUAAACCCACCCAGCUCCUUUGC